AUGACUAGUAAGGGUGUGGUCAAGCAGCGACAAAAGCGCAAGUCGCUGGCUGAAGACUAUGGAGGGGCUGUGGGUGAGGAUCUUCUCGAGUACAUGGAGAGCGAGGAAGCCACUGGUGGCUUGCAGCAGUCCGUGGACAGUGUAGGAGCCUCCAGCAACUUAUCACGCCGCAUCCAAAAUCGUCUACAGAAGCUGAACGAAGUGGCACAGACUGUGGGUGGAAAUGGCGAGGAAUCUGGUUACUAUGACUUCUCGACUCUUGAUAUGAAACCCGAUCAUGAGGCUCGUCCUGUUUGGGUCUGUCCCAAUGGCCGCAUCUUUCUCGAAGCCUUUUCUCCCAUUUACAAACAGGCUUAUGACUUUCUUGUGGCUAUUUCCGAACCAGUAUCUCGUCCUGAAUUCCUUCACGAAUACAAACUAACACCUUAUUCGCUCUAUGCAGCCGUGUCAGUUGCAAUUGAGACUGAGAGCAUUCUAAAAGUGCUUGGAAGAUUGUCGAAAAAUCGCCUGCCUGACGGCAUCGUGGCCUUCAUCAAGGACUGUACGCUAAGUUACGGCAAGGCCAAACUUGUGCUGCACCAUAAUGAGUAUUACGUUGAAAGUCUGUACCCAGACGUGCUACGAAAACUACUAGAGCAUGAGCAUAUCCGAGCUGCGCGUGUCAAGGAGACAACAGAGACCAUUGCAGACCACGCUUCAGCGGCCACUGCACCGGCCGUUGCUUCUAAUGGGGCAGGAUCUGAAACUGCAAAUGAGUUUAUUCAAAAGGAAAUUUCUGCUGAAGACCAGGCUAAUUUGCAGUAUCAAAAGCUAUUAAACGAAGACUACAACCUGGUAGACGAAAAUCACCCUGGAAAAACAAUUAGCGAUCGGCAAAAGACCGUGCGUACGGUUUCAUUCAAAAUUCGUAAAUCAAUGGUGGAACAGGUAAAACGGGCAUGUUUAGAUCUUGACUACCCGCUAAUGGAAGAGUACGACUUUCGCAAUGAUAAAACAAUUCCUGAUCUCGAAAUGGAUCUUAAGCCCACUACACGUAUUCGUGAAUAUCAGGAAAAAUCGUUAAGUAAGAUGUUUGGUAACGGACGGGCUCGAUCGGGUAUAAUUGUGCUGCCGUGUGGUGCAGGUAAGACGCUGACAGGUGUCACGGCGGCGUCGACGAUUAAAAAGUCAUGUUUGUGCCUUUGUACAUCUGCCGUGUCGGUGGAACAAUGGACGGCGCAGUUUAAAAUGUGGACAAAUAUUCCAGAAAAGAAAAUUUCGCGCUUCACUUCUGUGGCGAAAGACUUCAUUGACCCAGAAUCGGGUGUCAUUGUAACCACAUAUACAAUGGUCGCUUUCGGUGGACGCCGCGCUCGCGCUUCAGAAGAGGUUAUGCAACUCAUUCAAGGACGCGAGUGGGGAUGCAUUUUACUGGAUGAAGUUCACGUUGUACCCGCUAAGAUGUUUCGCAAGGUCAUUGGCUCUAUUGCCUGUCAUUGCAAGCUUGGUUUAACCGCUACUUUGGUACGCGAGGACGAUUUGAUCGGCGAUUUGAACUUCUUAAUUGGCCCGAAGUUGUACGAAGCCAAUUGGAUGGAUCUGACUCAAAGUGGAUUCCUUGCGAAUGUCUCAUGCGUCGAGGUUUGGUGUCCUAUGGCCGGAGAAUUUUAUCGUGAAUAUUUGCGCGAGAGCAAAAGCGCUCGUAAGCGUGCACUGCUCUAUGUGGCGAAUCCAAACAAAUUUACAGCCGCUGAGUUUCUGAUCCAGUACCAUGAGGAGCGAGGUGAUAAGAUCUUGCUCUUUUCAGAUGAUGUUUUUGCUCUCCGUCUUUACGCGACAAAGCUGAACAAGGGCUAUAUUUACGGCGGUACCGGAGAGCGCGAGCGAAUGCGCUUGCUACAAUCAUUUCGAAGCUCGCCCCUGGUAAACGUUAUCUGCAUUUCGAAGGUUGGUGAUACGUCAAUCGAUUUGCCCGAGGCUAAUGUUAUUAUUCAAGUGUCGUCGCAUUUUGGUUCAAGACGACAAGAAGCGCAGCGCCUUGGACGUAUAUUGCGUCCCAAGGCGAAUGCAACGGGCGGGUUUAAUGCCUUCUUCUACACACUUAUCUCAACGGAUACGCAUGAAAUGUUCUACUCCAACAAGCGCCAACAGUAUCUCGUGGACCAGGGAUACACGUUUAAGGUCGUGACAGAUCUUUUCGAACCAGGUUCGUUUGAGGGUGUAUUUACGCGGAAAGAGGACCAAAGGGCGCUGUUAAAUGAAGUCUUAAGCGCUGAUGUUGAAAGUGCUGCCAAGGACGAAAACGCUGCAAUUCGAGACGACGAAGAUUUGUCGCGUCUUGAACUUUCAGGCAAUGGCCGCAAAAAGAAGAGGUUAACCUCGCUCGGAGCUCUUUCCGGCGCAGAUGGCACCAAAUAUAUGGAAUAUUCCGCUGGACACGGCGCCAAGCAGCGCCACAAUCUUUUUCGCGAUCGGUAUCGUUAG